UUUCAAGAUGAGGUGGACAUUUCCAAUGCCUCCAUGUCCAAUGGUGCACUGCCGGUUUAUUAAUCUUUGCGGCUCGCUGUGCCCGACCUGAAGCCUGAGCUCUAACUCAUUAGGGAGUGUCUUGGGCUCGCGAUGAGCUUCAACAUCAAUCCUCGGUAGCGCAUUCCCCCGGACCUGGCUCCUGUCCGCAGCCAUGGCAAUGCGUAAACCCAUCAUGAGGAUACCGUACACCGAUCUCCUCGUCCCCGGUCCCAUCGUCCCGGCCUCGGCGUCUACCCUACCCGGUGCCAUCAGUGCUCUCACAAGGUUCUUCACAACACCACCACCUGGAGACCUGCCCAAUUCGACCGUGGUCUUGACUGGCGCCGGGCUCUCGGUGGCCUCAGGGCUGGCGGACUAUCGCGGUGUCAAAGGCACAUAUAGAGUCAACAAGACAUACCGACCCAUUUACUACCACGAGUUUCUCAGCAACCACGAAGCACGGAAACGAUACUGGGCGCGCAGUUUCCUGGGCUGGUCCAGUCUGCACAAAGCGAAACCCAACGGAGGACACCACGCCAUCCGAGAUCUGGGAGACUUGGGAUUCGUGAAAGAUGUGAUUACACAGAACGUAGAUUCUUUCCAUCCCAGGGCACAUCCUGGAUUAUCGACGCUGGAGCUGCAUGGCUAUCUACGCGCGACCGUCUGCACUACUUGUAAAAGUGAGUACCCGCGAGACGAGUUUCAGAAUCAGCUGGCGAGGUUGAACCCACGAUGGGCCUUGCUGCUGGAGGAGGCCAUGGCCUCUGGAGCCCUCAAUACCGAGGAUCCGAUGGAGAAGAGGUUCAGAGGCCUCAAGACCAACCCAGACGGUGACGUGGAUCUGCCCGACGCGCCAUACACGACGUUUAGGUACCCGCCGUGUCCAAAAUGCUUGCACAGACCGCCACUCAAGGAGGGAGGAGACAAACAUCUCGUCAAAGCCGACAGAGAAGGUGCCUGGGAGCUGCCAAGCACCGCAGGGAUCCUGAAGCCCGCCGUCGUCAUGUUCGGGGAGAGCAUAGCGACGCAGGUCAAGACGGCCGCCGAGGACGCCAUCGACUCGGCAGGCAAGCUGCUGGUCCUUGGUACGUCCUUGGCAACAUACUCAGCAUGGAGGAUUGCGAAAAGAGCAAACGAUAGAGGCAUGCCCAUUGCCAUAGUGAACAUGGGCGGAGUGAGAGGAGAGGACCACUUCUUCAAGACCCUGACGGAGGGUCAGCAGGGAGAGGAGGGCGUUCGCGUUGAGCAGGCCACGGACGAGUUGCUGCCUGCGCUGGUGUCAAGACUGCGUCGUGAGCAGCAUAUCCAUAUGCCCGAAGCGGCUGGGGAGAACCUGACGACGUUUAAGGAUAUGCUUUCAUAGACUUUGU